CUCUUUCUCUCUCUUACUCUCUAUCUCUUUCUCUCUCUUACUCUCUAUCUCUUUCUUACUCUUUCUCUCUCUAGCGUUGCUUCUCAUAUAGCGACCAUCAGGAAGGAUAUCAGUUUUUACAGGCGUUAUAGAGACUGGUUUUUUCUUGACCCAAAAUGUAGAAGCCUUCACUCCAACAAAUGGGCAAACAAUAUCGCCAUGGAAAUAUGAACGCGAGCCCCUGGUACAUGUCAGGCCAAUUUAAGAGAGUGGGUUUGAUACGGAUUGAUAUAAAAAUGGAGGGUGGUUCGGGAGAUGAUCAAGAUGCCUCUGAUCCUCAGAGGAAGAAGAAGAGAUACCACCGCCACACAGCUCACCAGAUUCAGGAGCUUGAAGCGAUGUUCAAGGAAAAUCCACAUCCAGACGAGAAACAGAGAUUACAGCUUAGCAGGGACUUGAGUCUCGAACCUCGACAAAUUAAAUUUUGGUUCCAGAAUAGAAGGACCCAAAUGAAGGCCCAACAUGAACGAGCCGAUAACUGCGCACUUAGAGCUGAGAAUGACAAAAUUAGGUGUGAGAAUAUAGCUAUCAGGGAGGCCCUCAAGAAUGUUAUUUGUCCUUCAUGUGGAGGCCCUCCUGUUGGUGAUGACUAUUUUGAUGAGCAGAAACUUCGCCUAGAAAAUGCCCGUCUGAAAGAAGAGCUUGAUAGAAUAUCAAGCAUUACUGCAAAGUACAUGGGAAGGCCUAUUCCUCAGUUACCACCAGUUCAACCAGUCACCAUGUCAGCACUAGACCUCACGGUCGGUAACUUUGGGGGUCAGGGAAUUGGGCCCUCUUUAGACCUUGAUCUUCUUCCUGGUAGUUCUUCUUUAGCUGGUUUGCCAUUAUCUAGUGGUGGAGGAGUGGCGGAGCUUGAGAAAUCGAUAAUGGUGGACCUUGCAACCAAUGCCAUGGACGAAUUUUUGAGAUUGGUGCAGGCUGAAGAACGAUUAUGGAUGAAAACAUCACCAGAAGCUGGUGAAGUUCUUAAUUUGGAUAACUAUGAGAGGGUCUUUGCGAGGCCUAGUCAGGGGAAGAACCCUGAUUUGAGAACAGAAGCUUCGAGAGAUUCAGGCCUUGUGAUCAUGAAUGGUGUGGCAUUGAUUGAUAUGUUGGUGGACCCAAACAAAUGGAUGGAGAUGUUCCCCACCAUCAUUUCAAGGGCAAGGAUCAUUGAAGUUCUCUCACCGGGUCUUCCAGGAAAUCGAAGUGGCUCUCUACAACUGAUGCAUGCAGAGUUGCAGGUUCUUUCGCCCCUGGUUUCGACAAGGGAGUUCUAUUUUCUUCGAUAUUGCCAACACCAUGGCCCAGGCUCUUGGGCAGUGGUAGAUGUAUCUGUGGACUCAGCUAGAGAGACUCAGUUCAAUUCAUUGUUACAAUGUCGAAAAUUUCCCUCUGGUUGUUUGAUACAGGACAUGCCUAAUGGAUACUCCAAGGUGACAUGGGUUGAGCAUGUGGAAAUUGAAGAUAAGAACCCAACCCAUAGGAUUUACAGGCAGCUGAUACACAGUGGAAUGGCAUUUGGCGCCCAUCGAUGGCUUGCAAGCCUGCAGAGGAUGUGUGAGAGAGUGGCUAGUCUGAUGGUCACCAGCAUUUCGGCUCGGGACCUUGGAGUGAUUCCCUCUCCUGAUGGAAGAAGGAGCAUGAUGAAGCUUGCCCAAAGGAUGAUUAACAACUUUUGCUCGAGUAUUAGUGCCUCAAGUAGCCAUAGAUGGACUGCUCUUUCUGGUUUGAAUGAUGAUGGAGUUCGUGUCACCACCCAUAAGAGCACAGACCCUGGCCAGCCCAAUGGUGUCGUACUAAGUGCUGCUACCUCAUUGUGGCUUCCUGUUUCCCCUCAAAAUAUCUUCAAUUUCUUCAGGGAUGAGAGGACCCGACCUCAAUGGGAUGUGCUUUCAAGUGGAAAUGCUGUUCAAGAGGUUGCUCAUAUAGCAAAUGGUUCGCAUCCUGGCAACUGCAUCUCUCUUCUUCGAGCAUUCAACUCGAGCCAGAACAACAUGCUGAUCCUCCAAGAGAGCUGCACCGACUCUUCGGGCUCACUCGUGGUCUAUGCCCCUAUCGAUGUCACUGCCGCCAACAUAGCCAUGAGUGGGGAGGACCCAUCAUACAUUGCUCUCCUGCCCUCUGGUUUCACCAUUUUACCAGAUGGUAGGCCUCCUGAUCACAAUCUUAUUGGUGGUCCCUCAACCUCAAGCUCUUCUUCUUCAGGGUCAUCAGGCUCUCUCAUAACAGUGGCUUUUCAAAUUUUAGUGAGCAGCCUCCCAUCUGCCAAACUAAAUCUAGAAUCAGUUACUACAGUGAACAACCUCAUCAGUACUACUGUCCAGCAAAUAAAGGCAGCUUUGAAUUGCUCAGGAGCUUAGAGAGAGAAAGAGAGAGUGAGGGGGAAGAGUUAUUUAUAACCACCCCACCCACCAUUAAUUCCGCUCUUGCUGUACUGCAUUCAAGUUCAUCGAUUGGUUCUUGAAUGCUUCAUCAAGAGCAGAGAGGAAAUCAAAAAUUUUUCCUUGGGUCUCUCCUCUCUCUCUCUCUAAAGAUGGGUGUUUCUCAAAUGCUUCGACAUGAACACCACCCAUUUUUCUUGGGUUCUCCUCUCUCUCUAGUUUUCUCUUUUCGGUUUUCUCUCUCCAUGUUUCUGUGAUUCAUUCUGUCUAAUCCAUUUUUUUGGGGUUUUAUUAAUUUUGAGAGUUUACAGGUUUUUUUCCUUUGAUUUUGGUAGUGGGUUUUUCUUAAGUCUAUAGAGAUGGAGUCAAGAACGCACCAUAGAUGGGUUCCCUUGCUGUGGGUGAAGAGAGAGAAAGCAGUAAGGGUAAAAUGGUUCGGGUAUUGACUUCUCUUGAGACUUUUGAAUGGAAUUUCUAUAGUGGCCAAAGGCAAAUUUUGCCUAUUUUUAGCUGUGUAUCUUUCUUUGCUGCUCGUCUGUUGAGGGUGUUGUACCUGCUUUUGUUUGUUACAUUUAAUUAUUGCUCCUCUUAGGGAUGGCCCCUCUCUCUC